AUGGAAUUAGACGAACCGCUUUUCAACUCGUCGAAAAGGAGAAAAUUCAUUCGCAAGCGCCAGGGCACGUCACCUUCCCCCAACUCUCCACCCAACACGUCACAAGCUGAAAAGACUUUAAUCGAUGGCCCCAUUUCUGCACAGGUCGGAGAUGCGAGCGAGGCUCUUCCCGUCGAGGCACUUCGUGCUCGUAGAGCACUAAGGACCCGGAGGCCAGGGAUUGAAUUUUCUGCUGAAACCAGGCAUACUCCGGAGACCAGGCCCAUCGCAUCCGCCGAAGAGGCGGGUGAGGCCUUAAGCGGUCGAUUAGGUGGAAUUUCAGACCGGUUUAUUGGCCUUACGGGACAAAGAGUCGAUGUGGACAAGCAUAUGAUGGCCUAUAUAGAAAGUGAAAUUUCAAAACGUCAUCGCCAAAGCCCCGUGGCCGACUCUGUAUCCAACCAGGCAUCUUUUGAGGGCCAUGCCCGACAGGAACGAGAGAUGAGGCUACCUCAGCGCCAACCAGCUACUUUAGGCAAACUACAUGAAAUAGACCUUGGACCUGAUUCGAAACUGCGAAACAUUGAACGCACAGAAGCUGCUACAAGAAGCCUUGUAGGCGGUGAGUUAACUUCGCAAGUUGACGGUAGGGAUACAUUAGCAAAAAGAGGCCGCUUGGACAAGGAUGGGAAACCCUGGCGUCACCGAAAUCGACGGAAUAGCGAUGAUAUCCGACGGGACCAACUUGUGGAAGAAGUAUUGCGGGAAAGCAAAUUGGAUGUCUAUGAAGAGCCGGAGCAGGAGCAUCAUGAUGGUGAUCAAGCUGCAGAUGACCGCAUUGCUGAACAAUUCCGGCGUGACUUUCUGGACGCGAUACAGUCACGUAGACGGGGCGUCCGUUCCAAAGCGACUAAGUCUACCAAAAGCGAUGCCCCCCGCGGGCCUAAAUUGGGCGGCAGCAGAAGUGCCCGAGCUGCGAUGCGCGAAAAACAAGAGAAAGAUGCGAAAAAAUGA